GUUCCGCAGCUGCUCGGCACUCUGGGAAGCCGCUGCAAAGAUGGUUUCUUUUUGAGAAACUCUGAUCCCCGGCAUGCUUCGCGAGCACAGAAUGGCCGGGAAGCGGGUGGAACUUCGCGGUGCGCUCUGGGUGGUGUAGGAAGACGAGACAUUCAGCUUCUUUUUUUCCCAUCUGCCCCUGCGCGGGUCCCGUGCCUUAUGCCCGGGGUGAAGACGGGUGGUGUACGUCCGUCGAGCGAGGGGGAGAGAGAGGGGUGGGUGGGCGGAAGAAGGAAAGAACACCGGCGUUGGCCUCGGCUCGGAUGGACUCGGCGCGGUGGAGCUGCUGAGUCCCAGACCCACCCUCACACGGUGCCGGCCGCCAUCUUGUGUUGGCAAGCGCCCAGCGAUCAAGGAGGCGGAGGAGGGCCGGUGGACGGGCGGUGCCGUAGGUGUGGGUGGGGCCCGGCGGCGGGCAAGUUCACCCUCCUUCAGUCUCUCCCCCUGGCUUGUCCGGCUGUCCAGCCGAUAAGAGGCCCACGGGCUGGUGUCCGUGUGAACAACCCUCUCUCAAGGCCCUUCCCUUCCCCUCUCUCGGCCCAUUCCUUCAGCACCUGCUGUCAGAGAGGCGUGCGCGGGCCCCGCCAGUGAGCGCGAGAGCGACUCACGCGCCGCCGCCCGGCCUCUGAGCGAGCGCCGCUUCCUUCCUCCGCCUGCCUCAAGAGAGACCCCGCAGCUCGAGCCAAAGGAACUGACGAGAGGGCAGCUGCGGCGACAUGAAGAUCAAAGAUGCCAAGAAACCAUUGGUUUCAUGUAGAUAGUAUGGAGUUCUGAGGUGCGCCAUAUAAAAGUCCACAUUUUGAAGAGCAACAGUCUUCAAGCAACACCAUCAGGAAUCUGCCUGAAAGCUUUUCCAUGGUUUGGUAUGGACAUUGGAGGAACUCUGGUGAAACUAGCAUAUUUUGAACCUAUUGAUAUUACUGCAGAAGAAGAGCAGGAAGAAGUUGAAAGCUUGAAGAGUAUCCGCAAAUAUUUGACAUCAAAUGUAGCCUAUGGAUCCACUGGUAUUCGGGACGUCCACCUUGAACUAAAAGACUUGAUACUUUUUGGGCGAACGGGAAACUUGCACUUUAUCAGAUUCCCAACCCAAGACUUACCUACUUUUAUUCAAAUGGGAAGAAACAAAAACUUCUCAACGCUGCAUACAGUGCUCUGUGCCACUGGUGGUGGUGCCUAUAAGUUUGAAGAAGAUUUUCGCACAAUUGGAAACCUCCAGCUGCACAAACUGGAUGAACUUGACUGCCUUGUCAAGGGCUUGUUGUAUAUAGAUUCUGUCAGUUUUAAUGGCCAGGCAGAGUGCUACUAUUUUGAAAAUGCAUCAGAACCUGAAAGAUGCCAAAAGAUGCCUUUUAACUUGGAUGAUCCAUACCCAUUGCUGGUUGUAAACAUUGGUUCGGGAGUCAGUAUUUUAGCUGUGCAUUCCAAAGACAACUAUAAGAGAGUAACUGGAACAAGUCUAGGUGGUGGAACCUUUCUUGGUUUAUGCAGCUUACUAACUGGAUGUGAAAGUUUUGAAGAAGCUUUAGAAAUGGCAUCUAAAGGGGACAGCACACAUGCUGACAAACUAGUCCGUGAUAUUUAUGGGGGAGACUAUGAACGGUUUGGCUUGCCAGGAUGGGCAGUGGCAUCUAGCUUUGGGAAUAUGAUCUACAAGGAAAAAAGGGAGUCUGUUAGUAAAGAAGACCUGGCUAGAGCUACACUAGUUACUAUCACCAAUAACAUCGGAUCUAUAGCACGAAUGUGUGCUGUGAAUGAGAAAAUAAACCGUGUUGUCUUUGUUGGUAACUUUUUGCGUGUGAAUACAUUGUCGAUGAAGCUUUUGGCAUAUGCACUGGAUUACUGGUCCAAAGGCCAAUUGAAGGCUUUGUUUCUAGAACAUGAGGGGUACUUUGGAGCAGUUGGUGCUCUCCUUGGAUUGCCAAACUUCAGCUGAAGCUUAAAGCAUCACAAGUACUGAAUUAUUUCGUACCUUUCUGGCAUUAUUACAACAUUGUUUUUAUAUCAACUGGAACCAAAGGGGGAAAGGGCCACAGUUCUGCAAUAGAUGUCUUUAAUGGUAAGAGUUAUUAGCUGUCAUACUGAGACAAAACUUGAAAUCUAGUUGUUUCUGUAAGAAACAUAUGAAAGUUUUUUCUUGUAUGGCAUCUUCUAACAGAUAUUAAACUAUAAGUAUGCAGUACAGUCUUUGCAAAAAUGAGCCUCAAAUCCAGAAUUGGAAUUGUUCUAACUGUCCAAACCUUGCCACGCUAAUCAAAUUUCUCUUCAAAAGUGCCCCUUAAGGUUAUUUGAUUUUCUUCUUGUGUGAAUUUCAUUAUAGCAUUGUUCAUUUGAGUGUGUUCCAUCAACUCCAAAAAUUGACCAUAGCCACAUCCAAGUGCCAUCUACUGCAAGUAUAGCUCCUUGAUGCAGAAGAUUUUCUUUUAGUGCAAGGAAAUUAAAAUGUAUUGAACUACUUAAUUCAGACUUCCAGUAUUAAAACUUCUGGAGAAUAAAAAUACAAACAUCAGCAAAGGCUUUGUACAACUGACUUAGUGUUAAGCAACCAAACACAUCUGUUAAAAUUAUACUGCGUAGUCCCGCUUUGUAAAGAUCUGCAGUAUCCCAGUUCAUGAGGUGGUUAAAUUUAUAUUGCUUAUUUGGAAGGUUUGCGUAGGGUUUUAAAGAGUUAACGGAAAUAUAUUGAACACCCAAAAUAAUCUACACAGAAAUGUGCCAGUAGAAGUAACUUGUAUUGUAACAAUAGUGUUAUAGUUUAUGGAUCAGCAGACUUUAUGGAAUAUAAUACUGUCUCAAAACCAAUUGAAUGUCUCAAAUGUACUUGAACUCACUUUGAAUUGAUCAAAUAGAACCUGUGUUUAUCCAAAAUGUGAAUUUUGGGAAAGUUUGUGGUUUAAUGCAUUAUGGCAGCUCUGAAGUUGUACUGCAGAUUCAAAAGGUCCAUUGUUCAUUGUAGUUUGAUAAACUGUUCCAGAGACUACAACAGUGUGGCCUUAGAAUAAACUCCAUCUAUUGGGACUACUCCUAUAUUUUGACUGUCUGCUGUUUCAGACUUGAUUGUAAAAGUUUACAAUAGUGGCAUGUUAAUAGACUGCUGCAGCAAAGCUUACCAUAAGAUCUCAAAAACGUAUCAUCUCAAAAAAUAAACUUUCUAUGCACAAGGAUGUGUUGCUGUAUCCUGAAAGAAUAUGCAGUUAUCUAAUCCAUGAAUUGAGUUUUAUAUAGGGAAUCUACCACUCAAGACUAGAAUAAAAGCUAGUUCUUAAUUUACUUGAUCAAAUUGAUAAUAUUCUGGCACACUGAUAUUUUAUACAUCGGUGUAUAUAUAUGAACAUUGAAUCUCCAGAUAUUCAGCAUGUAUAGCUUUUCUGUUUUUUAAUUCCUUAAAACCACAUUUCAGUGCUUAUUAGAAGUAACAAAUAUUUAGUACAGAUUAGUAUUGAUGUUGUGCUGAUUCUAAAAGCUAUUUCUAUUCCUAGGACUUAUAAAUAGUUAUCUUUGUUAGAACAGAGGGCAUCAUCCAAAGGUCUUCAUGUGCUUCAUUGUCUGACACUGAACCUAAGCACACUGUCUUGACUUAAUGAGGCUCAGUACUUGGUUUUGAUCAAUUUGUGGUGUUUAAUUAUGACAACUUACUUCAUAAAGGCUUGAACAUCACAUGGAACCUUGAUUGCAAAUUGCAAACUCCUAAUUAGAACAAGCCAGGGUUUGACAGGUUCAGACAUUGCGGUAAAAUGAUUCUAUAAACUGGGACUGGGACUAUAAAAGUUUCUCCACUUGUACAUGAGGCCAAGGUAUGUUAAUGUCAGGCAUGGAACCAUUAUUAAACUACAGUGCCAUGUAACAACUGAACUUGGCCAAUGUUAUGUGAAAGUGACUUCUUUGCCUUUAAAACAUUUUUUAUCUUGUAAUGUUUAAACAAAAACAAAUCCUUCAAUUUUGAAUAAUACUUAGGUACACAUCCUGGACUGCAAGAAUAUUCUUAAAGUAGUUAUUCUCUGUGUUGUCUGCCAUUAGGAGCUGAAGGUGACUAAAACCACUUAUACAACACCACUCUAGCUGCUAAGCAGACACUUUUUAAAGAAGUCUUUCUCAGUAGAAGCAAAGGAUUAAACAUGUAAUGAAUCCUGCUUGAUAGUGUUAAAUUACAGGUUUGAAAUAGUCCCAUAAAUAAAUGCUUCAGCAGUUCCCGUGCUGCACAGCUCCAUAUUUAUUAUUACAAAGAAAAUUCUUUUCCAACCUCCUUUUGUUUUUGUUUGUAGGCAUAGAACUUCCCAGUAUUUUCCCUCAUGCUGCAGAAAGAUAAAACUGUAUAAUGGUUCACAUAUGGUCAUGUUGCCAGUGGUCUUGUGUUGUACAAAGGGAAAAGGCAAGUUGGAUUUCCUAAUAAUAUUGUCACAGAGCAAUCCUUUUUUCUAGGAACAUAGGAAUAAUUAGGACAUCUUUCAACUUUCUGGGAGCAGGGAGAAAUGGCUGGUUAGGUUGGAAGAGGGAUAUUUCCUUCCUGAAGAAAAGGGGUCCAAAUUCUGAAUUAGGUGGCCCUUAGUCACAUGAGUGUCUGCAAAGUCUUAUUUUUCUGGUGUUCCAAUGACAAUUUGAUCUAAGAGUAUUCCUGUAAUCAGUAAUGGCUUUAGAUCACCCUGUAGCAAUGAAGAGUGGUGAAUCUGUAGAUUAUGUGAAAAGCUGUAGAUUAUGUGAAUAAUGAGCUGGCUUAGCUAUCACACAGGGCUUUUUUGUUGUUGUUGUUCCUUUUCUCUCACUCCCUUGAGGAUUAUACAAUCCGGGUUCAUUUUACUUAGACCAAUAUACAUCCUUAAUAAAACAAAGUUCUUUUUUUAAAAUGUAAUUUCAUCUCCUUAAUAAGCCAGUUUAUUUUCAUUGUACAUUGUCAGGACAUGUACAGGUUUUCAGUAUCCAUUCCAUCAAGAUGGUGUUAGAACCAGGAAAAGACUUUGUUUCUAUAACCUUCUCCUCCCCUACCCAUUAAACUAAGGGAUUAGUGGAUCAUGUGCUACGUAAUGCUUUUCCUGCACACUCUUGUCAGGUGCAUUUUUAAAUUAACAUUCCAUAGACAGACAAGGAUAGUUGAAGAACCAGAUCACUGUUCUCACUGUUUACCGUUUGUGUUACACUUUUAAGUAGCUAAUGUCACAUGACCCUGUUUUGCUACUCUGUCUUUGUGCCAUUGAAGUUAUUCAAUGUGGUUCAAGUUAUUCAAAGCAGAGUUGAAGUAUAAAACUCUGCUGAAUGUCAUUGAUCGUGGAUUAAGACUAAUGUGUAUUGGUCUUUCUAAUUGUUUUGCUGCCUAAGUGUUCACUAGCAAAAGUAAAUCUAUUAAUGUGACUAUUUAUAAGUUUUGUGUAUACUUGCUUUCAUUCAGCAUGUGGGAAAUUUAGGCAGCUUCCAUUAUACCAUCAUCCAAACCUUUACUAAUUUUGACUGCAUACAUAAAGCCCAUCCAUACAUUUGAGCCACUGUUUCUGAAAUUAUUCAGGAUAUUUCUCUGGACUGUCUCACUCACUGAAGCAGAAGACACUUGCUAAAAAUCUUGCAUGUUCUACUCUACAAUGUGUGAGGUGACUGCAUAUAUUCCUGGCACCAUGUGCUGGUGCCAGUCCAUGACUCCCUGCAACAUGUUUCUUUUGUGUUGAGGGGUGGAGAAUGGUGGGAAUAUAGCCACAUUGCUCAUUACAGGGUAGAAGCAGCUAAUGCUAAAUUUGAAUGCAUUGUUGAAAUUAUAUUGUAUUGCUUCUAUUGUAAUGUGUGAAGCAGUCCUGACAGUUAUUCUUCAAAUACUUUUCAAGUGCUUCUACUGAAAGCAAUUUUCUGUCGCUCAAAGAUUAAUAAAUUGGACUUGUUCAGUUUCCUAAAUAUUCAUGCCUUGUUGCUUUGUAAAUAGUGAACUGAUAAACUUUGUGAAUUUAGUAUCUGUUAGGUUAGGUAGAUGACAAUAGAGUUUUUGGUAGUAGAUUAAAAAAUAUGUUUCUAAUUGGUUGCUUGUGCUUUAGGAAGCAGUAUUCUUGCUGUUGAUGUGAAAUGAAAGAAUGUUGUAAGGAUUGUAAUAACCCCUUUUUUAUUAUGAAUCAAAUUGAGUGUGCCAUUUUGGAAUUGAAAGAUUAGCAUCCUUUUUCAUUAUUCUCUUGAACUACAAUAGAUCUGCAAUCUGAAUUUAACAAUAGAACUGGGAUAUUUUUAAAAAUGUGAAUCAGAUUGCUGUUCAGAACACCUGUGCUGAUAGAAAGGUUGAAGUGCAAAGCUUAAACAUUAAAUUUAUGUGUGCCUUAGUAGAGCUAAUAGGUUAAAUGUCAAAACUUGCAGAAGGAAGCACACACAUAACAAGAUUUUUGUGUUUGGGGAACAAACAAGAUGCUUUAAUUCAGGAUGCUUCUCAGAUGAUGAUAUGUUCCAAAACAUAUUGUAGUAGGGUUGAAGUUCCUUGAUUCCAAAGAAUGGAUCAUAUUCUAAACUUUUCCCAUAAAAAUAGAAACAGAAGUCUGCAAGCAAAUCCUUGGGUCCAACUGUUGAUAUUUUUCCUUAAGCAUGUUCAUAAGGUGUGUGUGGGCAAGUGGUCAAAGUAUGCAUCUUGGUAAUUUGUGAACAGUCACGCAUCCAACAUUCAUGCCACUAAUCUGCAUUCAAAAGAUUUGCUAAAUGUCUGACACAAGUCAAAGGGUACAUGUCUUUCAGAAGCAGAACUACAUGCCUUGUAAGUAGAACAGUCUCUUGAAAAUAAGCUAGAAAUUGUGUGCCUCCAUUGCUUUGUUACACAUAGAAGAAAAUACAAAGAAACAUGGAACGGAGAAAAAUAGCUCUGUAGACUUGUGCCAUAGGAAGGUUAUGUCAGCAGUUAAAUAUUUUUUACUACUUAUCUUUCUCGCUGUGAUGAAUAAAAGAAAUUGUUCUAGUGUAGGACUGUUUGCCCUUUGUACUAUGGCUGCUUUUCAUUGCAUCAAUAUGCUGAGUAGACAUGUUGUCUUCCAGUUCAGUAAAACUUAGCUCAAGCUGUUAUACUUUGUGAACAAACACUUCAUUAAAGCCAAGAGGUUGUCAUUAAAAUAUUAACUUUGUAUAAAACAGGCUGCUGCUAAUACUUAUGUUGUAUGAAAUGGAUUGCUUUGUUAACAAUUUCAGAAAUUUCUCAAGUUUGUGUGCUAGUUUAAAUAGCAUAAGUUGAUCUACAUCAUCCUGUGUUCAUUUGUAUUUCUAUUGGGAAUACCAGUUUCUACAUUUCUAAGGUAUUUUAGACAAACCUUUCCAUGAGACUGAUUGAGAAGUGGACAGAGUUCUUCUGGAAUCAGAAUAAGUUUUCUAAAAAAUUCACUUAACUGUUGGAUGCUAGUGCAUUUAAAUAGUUGCUUUCUGCAGCAUGUGACCUUGAGGUUUAAUCAUUACAAAAAAUUUUUUUUAAACAAGGUUUUAUAGAUAAGGCACAUUUUCAGUUUACAGUACACUUUGAUAAUCAUAUUGAUAGGAAAUAGAUGGAAUUUUCAUUUAAUGGCAAGAUUGGCAUUUUUAUAGCAUGUGGUUUUAAACGUCUUUGCUUUGAAAGUACUUUGUGAUUCCAUGGCAAAUUCCUGUUCUGCAAACCCGUUAUGCAUACAUUUACCAUAACAGCCAUUUCAGAUACGUUGCCUUACUUUGGUUGCAGUGAACCUAAUGUCUCACCUCUGUUUAAUAUUCUAAUGAUGAAGUUGGUGUAAAGUGUGUUUUGCAUAUUUUAAUUCAUAGUUGUUAAAUUAUUUAUCACAUCUCUUGUAAACUGUUUAAUUUAUUUUCGUGUCUGAUUCUCUUCUGUGUCAUUUUUGUGCCGCCAAAUGAUGGAAGCCUAUACUGUAAUCAUUCCCAUCAGAACUGUAUAAAAAUUUUCUUUACUGCUUGCAUGAGUAAAUGUGAAAUUUAAUUUCCUUGUAUGAUGGGCCUACUUCUUUGUUUAACUAGUUUUACUACUGUUCUGUAUGAAUGAACAGAACUUUGAUUUUUUUCUAAAUAAAUAACUACUAGUG